AUGACAAUGUUAGCACAAGCUGGAAUUUAUUUAUUUCUUGAUGUUAAUUCUCCAUUACCUCAUCAUCAUUUAAAUAGAUAUGAACCUUGGAAUACUUAUAAUUUAUAUUAUUUUGAGAAUAUUUUUAAAGUCAUUGAACAAUUUUCUCAUUAUAAUAAUACUUUGGGAUUUAUUGCUGGGAAUGAAAUUGUAAAUGAUCCAAUUUCUGCAAGUGUUGCGGCUCCUUAUGUUAAAGCAGUAGUUAGAGAUAUUAAAACAUAUAUUGAAUAUAAUUCUCCAAGAUCCAUCCCUGUUGGUUAUUCUGCUGCUGAUGAUUUAAAUUAUAGAAUGUCAUUAGCUCAAUAUUUAGAAUGUUCAGAUGAUAAUCCAAAAGAAUCUGUUGAUUUUUAUGGUGUUAAUUCUUAUCAAUGGUGUGGUGAUCAAACUUUUUAUAGUAGCGGUUACAAUAUAUUGGUUAAUGAUUAUAAAGGAUUUUCAAAACCAAUAUUUUUUUCAGAAUAUGGAUGUAAUGAAGUUUUACCAAGAAAUUUUGAUGAGGUACCUGUGUUGUAUACUAAUGAUAUGAUUGAUGUAUUCAGUGGCGGUUUGGUUUAUGAAUUUUCUCAAGAACCUAAUAAUUAUGGGUUGGUUGAAAUUCAACCAAAUGGUGAUGUUAAAAUACUAAGAGAUUUCAUACAAUUGAAGAAAAAAUUUGAUACUUUACCUGAAUUGGAUUACAAUUAUAUUGUACAAUCUAUGAAGGAUAAUGCAAAAGAAAUACAAACAAAAUUAAAGAAUUUCAAAACAUCUAUUCCAAAAUGUGAAUUACUGUAUCCUAAUCUAGAUAUUUCUAAAGGUAUUCCACCAAGUAUAGCACAAACUUUGAUUGAGACUGGUAUGGAUGUGCCACAUGGUAAAUAUGUGGAAUUAACAGCGGAAGAAAUGACAAGCCAUGUAAAGUAUAUAUUGGAAAAUGGGGAAACUUUGAAUAUUGUCAAUACGAUUGACAUUCUAGUGGAUCUUGAAUUUGAAUCUCAUACGAUUAAAUCCCAAAAACUAAAAACGGACACAGUGACGACUUUGUUUGGUAGUAGUUUGUCAGUACAUUCUUCUACUUUGGCAAAGUCAUCACAGACUCAAUCACAGCCACAUACACCUCUUCCAUCGUCAUCUCCUUCUCCUUCUCCUUCUCACUCCGAAUCAGAGCCAUCUGCUCCAAAGGUAGAUCAUUCCCCAGCUCCCAAACACGACCGAGGCUUAACCAGUCCCAUUGACGAAGAAAAUAACAAUGCAUUCAUGGAAAUGUUUCAUAAAGUCAUAGAUCCAGUGAGAAAUUUCUGUGCCAAUCUUUUCAACUAA